CCCCUGCGAGAGGACGUUGCGUGCUCGCUCGCGCCAGGCGAGUCUCCGCGUCUCCCUCGCGAACUCGGUGAAAGGAUUUGGCGCCGUUCGACAACCAGGCGGGUCCGCUCUGCAGCACGAACCCAUCUCCAGCCGCAGCUGCCGCCCGGGCCGAGGAGCAGCCGCCGCCACCAGUGGCCGAGGGAGCGGAGCCGAGGUUGAACCAGCACCUAUCGGUGAAUCGGGGCCCUCACCAUGAGUUCCUCGCCUGUUAAUGUUAAAAAGCUGAAGGUGUCGGAGCUGAAAGAGGAGCUCAAGAAGCGGCGCCUUUCCGACAAGGGCCUCAAGGCCGAGCUCAUGGAUCGACUCCAGGCCGCGCUGGACGACGAGGAGGCCGGCGGCCGCCCCGCCAUGGAGCCCGGGAACGGCAGCCUAGACCUGGGCGGGGAUUCCGCCGGGCGCUCGGGAGCAGGCCUCGAGCAGGAGGCCGCGGCCGGCGGCGACGAGGAGGAGGAAGAGGAGGAAGAAGGGAUUGCCGCGCUGGACGGCGACCAGAUGGAGCUAGGGGAGGAGAACGGGGCCGCGGGGGCGGCCGACUCGGGCCCGAUGGAAGAGGAGGAGGCCGCCUCGGAAGACGAGAACGGCGACGAUCAAGGUUUCCAGGAAGGCGAGGACGAGCUCGGAGACGAGGAGGAGGGCGCGGGCGACGAGAACGGGCACGGGGAGCAGCAGCCUCAACCGCCGGCGACGGCGCAGCAACAGCCCCCACAGCAGCGCGGGGCCGCCAAGGAGGCCGCGGGGAAGAGCAGCGGCCCCACCUCGCUGUUCGCGGUGACGGUGGCGCCGCCCGGGGCGAGGCAGGGCCAGCAGCAGGCGGGAGGUAAGAAGAAGGCGGAAGGCGGCGGAGGCGGCGGUCGCCCCGGGGCUCCGGCGGCGGGAGACGGCAAAACAGAACAGAAAGGCGGAGAUAAAAAGAGAGGUGUUAAAAGACCUCGAGAAGAUCAUGGCCGAGGAUAUUUUGAGUACAUUGAAGAAAACAAGUACAGCAGAGCCAAGUCUCCUCAGCCACCUGUUGAAGAAGAAGAUGAGCACUUCGAUGACACAGUGGUUUGUCUUGAUACUUAUAAUUGUGAUCUACAUUUUAAAAUAUCAAGAGAUCGCCUCAGUGCUUCUUCUCUUACUAUGGAGAGUUUUGCUUUUCUUUGGGCUGGAGGAAGGGCAUCUUAUGGUGUGUCAAAAGGMAAAGUCUGCUUUGAGAUGAAGGUUACAGAGAAGAUUCCUGUAAGGCAUUUAUAUACAAAAGAUAUUGACAUUCAUGAAGUUCGAAUUGGCUGGUCACUGACUACAAGUGGAAUGUUGCUUGGUGAAGAAGAAUUUUCGUAUGGGUAUUCUCUAAAAGGAAUUAAAACAUGCAACUGUGAGACAGAAGAUUAUGGAGAGAAGUUUGAUGAAAAUGAUGUUAUUACAUGUUUUGCUAACUUUGAAAACGAUGAAGUAGAGCUCUCCUAUGCCAAGAACGGACAAGAUCUUGGCGUUGCCUUCAAAAUUAGUAAGGAAGUUCUUGCUGGACGACCACUCUUUCCGCAUGUUCUCUGCCAUAACUGUGCAGUUGAAUUUAAUUUUGGUCAGAAGGAAAAGCCAUAUUUUCCAAUACCCGAAGACUAUACUUUUAUCCAGAAUGUCCCCCUAGAGGAUCGAGUUAGAGGACCAAAGGGGCCUGAAGAGAAGAAAGAUUGUGAAGUUGUUAUGAUGAUUGGCUUGCCAGGAGCUGGAAAAACUACCUGGGUUACUAAACAUGCAGCUGAAAAUCCUGGUAAAUACAACAUUCUUGGAACAAAUACCAUUAUGGAUAAAAUGAUGGUGGCAGGUUUUAAAAAACAAAUGGCAGAUACUGGAAAACUGAACACACUGUUGCAGAGAGCCCCACAGUGUCUUGGAAAGUUUAUUGAGAUUGCUGCCCGCAAGAAACGAAAUUUCAUUCUGGAUCAGACAAAUGUAUCUGCUGCUGCCCAGAGGAGAAAAAUGUGCCUGUUUGCAGGUUUCCAACGAAAAGCUGUUGUAGUUUGUCCAAAAGAUGAAGACUACAAGCAGAGAACACAGAAGAAAGCAGAAGUAGAGGGAAAAGAUCUACCAGAACAUGCAGUCCUUAAAAUGAAAGGUAACUUUACUCUGCCAGAGGUGGCCGAGUGCUUUGAUGAAAUAACCUAUGUUGAACUUCAGAAGGAAGAAGCUCAAAAACUUCUGGAACAGUAUAAGGAAGAAAGCAAAAAGGCACUUCCACCAGAAAAGAAACAAAACACUGGCUCAAAGAAGAGCAAUAAAAACAAGAGUGGCAAGAACCAGUUUAACAGAGGUGGUGGCCAUAGAGGACGUGGAGGAUUCAAUAUGCGUGGUGGAAACUUCAGAGGGGGAGCUCCUGGGAAUCGUGGUGGAUAUAAUAGGCGGGGCAAUAUGCCACAGAGAGGUGGUGGUGGCGGUGGAAGUGGUGGAAUUGGCUAUCCAUACCCUCGUGGCCCUGUUUUUCCUGGCCGAGGUGGCUACUCAAACAGAGGGAACUACAACAGAGGUGGAAUGCCCAACAGAGGGAACUAUAACCAGAACUUCAGAGGACGAGGAAACAAUCGUGGCUAUAAAAAUCAAUCUCAGGGCUACAACCAGUGGCAGCAGGGUCAAUUCUGGGGUCAGAAGCCAUGGAGUCAGCAUUAUCACCAAGGAUAUUAUUGAAUACCCAAAUAAAACGAACUGAUACAUAUUUCUCCAAAACCUUCACAAGAAGUCGACUGUUUUCUUUAGUAGGCUAACUUUUUAAACAUUCCACAAGAGGAAGUGCCUGCGGGUUCCUUUUUUAGAAGCUUUGUGGGUUGAUUUUUUUUUCUUUUCUUUUUUGUACAUUUUUAAUUGCAGUUUUAAAGUGAAUCGUAAGAGAACCUCAGCAUUGUGCACGAUAAGAGAAUGUGUCAGUAUUUCAGGGUUCUACAUUUUAUCUGUAAAAUGUGACUUUUUUUUUAUCACAACAAAAGUAAAAUGUUGCUUUGUACCUGGUGUCUUUUAUUAAGAAUUUACUCCCCUAUUUCUCACAGAGAAUAACAGUCGGGAGUCAUUGUCACAAUAUAAUAGAAAUGUUAGCAACCAGAUUCAUGUAAGGACUAAGUGGUCCUCAUGAAUUGCAUUAAGACUCUGUACUGCUCAAUAUUACACUCCAUCCUCUCUCUAGUUUGCUGGGUAGUAGUGGAGGGGAUAAGCUAAAUAGUAAUUUCCAACAAAGACUGGGAAGGCUUUUUCAGUUUAAAUGACAAUGGAAUUGGCAUAAUUGGGAAUGAAGCUAAAACUUGGAACCAACAUGGAGAAGAUGGAGUGUAUGUAGAAGGGCUGUUAAAAAUGUAAAACUUGGUUGCAUUAUUUGUGGAGGCUCAAACUUGUGAAGGUUAAAUACCAUAAUUUUUCCAUUUGUUCUGCAUUUUGAUUCUGAAAAGAAAGCUGGCUUUGCCCAUUUCUUAUUAAAAAACUUGUUGUAAAUCCAGUUGUCUAAUGGGAUCUAUAUGAAGUUAGCUAUGUCUGUAUGCCCUUCUCCCACAAAAUACUGUAUAACUAGUGUGCUUGUAGUAGUUAACUCCACCAUCUUUGUAAGCUAAUGAAAUUGUGAGUCACCCAUUUAUAUCUUAAUUUUUAAUCAUGUCAGUUCUUGAAUGGGUAUCUCCUUAGCCUGCUGAUUUCUUUUUCUUUCUAAAGAAAGUGGGUGGAGAAAUUAAUUUAGACGUUUGUUUGCAAUAAAAAGAAUUCAUUUUA